GAGAGUGAGUGAGUCUGGAGAUGGAGAGGAUUAUAUAAUUUGUAUUAAGCACCAACCAACCAACCACAGAUUCACUUCACACACACACACAUUCUUUGUUGCAUUAUCACAAACACCUCAACCUCACCCUCUAUCCCUUUCUCUCUCCGUUACAAUGCAACUACCAAUGGCGGCCAACGCCGUCGUUUCACCCUCGCCGUUCCGUCCUAACUCGCUUCUCCGCUCCUCCUUCACCGGCGUCUCCGUUAAGUUCUCUCCCCAAUCCCUAACCAUCUCGCGCUCCAAGCCGCUCACCGUCCUCGCCGCCGCCAAGAAGGCCGUCGCCGUCCUCAAGGGUAACUCCGCCGUCGAAGGCGUCGCCACUCUCAUCCAGGAAGACGAUGGCCCAACAAAAGUUACUGUUCGCAUUACUGGCCUUACCCCAGGGCUUCAUGGUUUUCACCUACAUGAGUACGGUGAUACCACAAAUGGGUGUAUCUCAACGGGAGCACAUUUUAAUCCUAAUAACUUGACACAUGGUGCUCCUGAGGAUGAAGUCCGUCAUGCGGGUGACCUGGGAAACAUAAUUGCUAAUGCAGAUGGGGUUGCAGAGACUACAAUUGUGGAUAAUCAGAUACCACUCUCUGGCCCCAAUUCAGUAGUUGGAAGAGCCUUGGUGGUUCAUGAGCUUGAGGAUGACCUUGGAAAGGGUGGGCAUGAACUUAGUUUGACAACUGGAAAUGCUGGUGGAAGAUUAGCAUGCGGUGUGGUUGGUUUGACUCCAGCAUAAUUAGUGCAGCGAAUGUUUUUGUAGCAGCCGUGUUAUUAUAUCUGAUGUUAUGUUUUAUUUCUUCGGUUGCCCUAUUCUGUAAAGCAUGAUGACACUGUUGUUAGCUUUCUUCAGUUACCAAUGUAAACCGUAGAGCAUAAUGUCUUUCUAAAGAUGAGUGUGCAAAUGAAUCGUGAAAACAUGUUAGUCCUUUACCGGAGAUUCAUCAUGCGGUCGGGUGUGUACUCCCCAAUAAAAUUCAUCAUGCGGUCAGGUGUUUAUUCCCCAAUAAAAUUGAUUUCUGCAGUCCUUGUUGCCUGCUUGAGAAAGAACCUUUGUUGAUAUUCUA